AUGCAAGAUGACGAGUCCAUUGCCAGCCAAGGACUCAAGCCGUUGGGACCAUAUCAGCCACUUGCUACAGGACAUGUCCGGGUCCUGGAACCAUACCCAGGACUGCCAGACUCACCACUUGUUGGGGAGCUGAAGCAUCUCCGUCUUGCUGAUAUUACAAUACAUGGUACACUAGCUGAGGAUGGCGAUGGUGAGGGCAUCGAUGCGCACCCACACAAGAACGACUACGAAGCGAUAUCCUACUGCUGGCGCAAUCUUGACCUACUGGAGACCCUUCACUUCACCACAGGAGCUGCACUAAAUAUAACAGAGAUUCGAGCGAUGGGCAGACGUUACUCGUUCGAGGAAAGGUGCUCGGAACUGUUCAAGCCGUCCUGGAAGAGUCUGCAUGCCCUUCAAAGCACGUUCAUCGCCGACUCAGUAGCAAGUGCCCGAGCGAUGAAGGAGUAG